GAGACCACCAACACCAUCACUCCCAUCACAGAAGGGGAGGGAGGGAGGGGGAGAGAGAGAGAGAGAGAGAGAGAGAGAGAGAGAGAGAGAGAGAGAGAGAGAGAGAGAGACCUACAAUGGCGGCGGCCCUCGAGUCUGCCUGGCAGGUCCUGAUCGCCAACUUCACCGAGUUCCAGCUCGCCACCCUCUUCACCUUCCUGCUCCACGAGACCGUCUUCUUCCUCUCCGGCCUCCCCUCCCUCCUCUUCGAGCGCUUCGGACUCUUCGCCAAGUACAAGAUUCAGAAGAAGAGCAACACCUCUGCUUAUCAAAACAGAUGUGUCCUGCGUCUCAUUCUCUACCAUGUCUGUGUGAACUUGCCUGUCAUGAUUUUCUCCUACCCUGCCUUCAAAUUCAUGGGCCUUAGGAGCUCUCUUCCUCUGCCACACUGGACGGUUGUUGUAUCUCAAGUUCUAUUCUACUUCGUACUUGAGGAUUUUGUAUUCUAUUGGGGACACCGGGCGCUGCACACCAAAUGGCUAUACAAGCAUGUCCACAGCGUCCACCACGAAUAUGCUACACCCUUCGGGUUAACUUCUGAAUACGCCCACCCUGCUGAAAUUUUGUUCCUGGGAUUCGCCACAGUUGUUGGCCCUGCUCUUACUGGCCCUCAUUUGUUCACCCUAUGGCUUUGGAUGGUGUUGAGGGUACUGGAGACAGUUGAAGCUCACAGCGGCUACCACUUCCCAUGGAGCCCCUCAAAUUUCCUGCCACUGUAUGGCGGCUCGGACUUCCAUGACUACCAUCACCGUGUGCUCUACACCAAGUCAGGGAACUAUGCCUCGACUUUUGUUUACAUGGACUGGUUGUUUGGGACGGACAAGGAUUACCGCAAGGUGAAGGCCAUUGAGGAGAAGGAAGAAGGGAAGAAGAAUAUGUAGAUCAUGCAUGGGAGCUGCCAGCGAGCGAAGACGUACAGGAGCAGCACGUACUGUGUACAAUAAUCGUACUAUUGGUCGGUUGAGAUCUUUGACUCCCCAUGUUUAAUUUGCUUGCUCUGAUCAUGAGAUCCUGGGGGUUUGCAUUGUGUUCCCUUAGACGGGAUCGGAUGUAUAUAUACUUGGGACGGCGUGAACCAUUUGGAUCGGAGUAGCAAGAUGAUGAAUUAAUAAUGUGAACAACAGAUAAAUAAAGCAAAAACUGUAGCCUGUUCAUCA